GCUGCCUCUGGCCCACUUUCCGUGACACACCUCGCCGCGUCGCUUUGGCAAAAGCUUAUUGCUGGGAAGGAAGACAGUGAAGCCCUCUUGGAGCGCAAGCAGGUAUCGGGGAGAGGUCGCUGAGUUCUAUCGGCCCGCUUCGUUUUCGUCGGUUGUGUGCGGUGUUCGUGUUUUUUCUCCUUGGUCGGUUGCGGCGUGUCCGCCAUAUCCUUUCUUUCUUUGUAGCCCGUCGUGCGGUAGGCAGCCAUGGGAAAGGAGAAGUCCCAUAUUAACAUUGUGGUCAUCGGACAUGUCGACUCCGGCAAGUCAACGACCACUGGCCAUCUCAUCUACAAGCUGGGAGGCAUUGACAAGCGUGUGAUCGAGAGGUUCGAAAAGGAGGCAGCUGAGAUGAACAAGAGGUCCUUCAAGUACGCUUGGGUGUUAGACAAGCUGAAGGCGGAGCGCGAGCGUGGAAUUACCAUCGAUAUUGCGCUGUGGAAAUUCGAGACCACGAAGUACUAUGUGACUGUCAUCGAUGCGCCCGGCCAUCGCGAUUUCAUCAAGAACAUGAUCACAGGUACGUCGCAGGCCGACUGCGCUGUGCUGGUCAUCGAUUCCACGACGGGCGGCUUCGAGGCCGGUAUCUCAAAGGAUGGCCAGACCCGUGAGCAUGCUCUGUUGGCGUUCACGCUGGGUGUGAAGCAGAUGAUCUGCGCUUGCAACAAGAUGGAUGCCACAACACCGAAGUACUCGGAGAACAGGUACAACGAAAUUAAGAAGGAGGUGUCGACCUACCUGAAGAGAGUAGGGUACAACCCUGACAAGAUCCCCUUCGUGCCCAUUUCUGGGUUCGAGGGCGAUAAUAUGAUCGAGAGGUCGACGAAUAUGGGGUGGUACAAGGGCCCCAUUCUCCUGGACGCUCUCGAUCUGAUUUCGGAGCCGAAAAGGCCGUCUGACAAGCCUCUCCGUCUGCCUCUCCAGGACGUUUACAAGAUUGGCGGUAUUGGGACGGUGCCCGUGGGAAGGGUUGAGACAGGUGUAAUUAAGCCUGGCAUGGUGGUGACGUUCGCGCCUUCUGGUCUGACUACUGAAGUCAAGUCGGUGGAGAUGCACCACGAGGCAAUGACCGAGGCGCUUCCGGGUGACAACGUGGGGUUCAACGUGAAGAACGUAAGCGUUAAGGAGUUGAAGAGAGGUUUCGUGGCCUCGGACUCUAAGAACGACCCUGCGAAGGAGGCAGCGAGCUUCACGUCUCAGGUUAUCAUCAUGAAUCACCCUGGACAGAUUGGUAAUGGCUAUGCACCGGUGCUGGAUUGCCACACCUGCCAUAUUGCGGUGAAAUUUGCUGAACUGGUGGUGAAGAUAGAUCGGCGAACGGGUAAGGAAAUCGAGAAGGAGCCUAAAUUUUUGAAGAACGGUGACGCUGGGUUCAUUAAGAUGAUUCCAACCAAGCCGAUGUGUGUUGAGACCUUCGCCGAGUAUCCCCCUCUCGGUCGUUUCGCCGUGCGAGACAUGAGGCAGACGGUCGCUGUCGGCGUCAUCAAGGCCGUGGAGAAAAAGGAGAAGGAAGGGAAGGUGACUAAGGCCGCCAUGAAGAAAGGAGGGAAGUGAAUUGGUAGCGUGUCUCCUCUGGCGAAUGCGGCGAAAAUUGAAGAAUUACAGAGUGAUGUGGAGACGCUGCCACCGGAGGUGGAUGGUGGUUGCUUCUCUGGUUCUGCAGCAGCCCCCGAAAUGGGGGCCGCGGGGCGAUUCAAUAUGUCGUGCUGUUGUGCUCCGGUGUUCCGUUGUGGAGUGGAAUUUAGCGACGAGUUUCUUGAGUAUAGAGUCUUCGCUGUGAGGAAGUGGUCGUUUCCGUCUCUCUCAGUUGACGGUGAAGAAAGGGAAAGUAGAUAUCGAGAGACUGUGUUUAUUCAAUUUCAUGUCGUGAGUUCUCUGCGUUUGUUGUUUGGUCAGUUUGAUGAUCGAAUGGUUACAUCUCGCUGGCAACAGACCUGGGUGCUCGAUAGGCGAUGGCGUGGCUAAUGGGUUCAAUGGUAUGUCUUCUCGGAGAGUUGUUGAUUCUUUUGCGGAUUGCAGAGCGGUUGAUCCUAUUAACGUGCACGAGUAGUGGUUACGAAAGAGUGUCUGCUUGUGAUGGUGAGUCUCUAUCGUGAAGCAAAACAAACACCUCGGAGAAAGAGAGUAAUGGACUGUCUCUGGCCGAGGAUGCACUUGUGAAUGAUUUUGAACGAAUACGUAUCUUAAAGAAUUCUGCAAUGCAAUUAUCCAACGUAUGCGAGUUCGUUCUGAUCUCUUAAGAUGAAGGAAAUGGUGCGUAAUUUUUCGAUGCUGUAUGAGGUUAAUCUGUUGCGAAUGUUAAUUUGAACGGUGUCGAUGCAUGCGUAAUUGUGGUAUUCCGACGUGUUUCCUCUUGGCCUUGGCGUUGUCGUGUGCUUAGUCAGUUCAGUAUUGUACUUUUGUAACCGAUCGAACGAUUUAGUGCUUGCAGUGCGCGGAGAAAAACACUGUUUAUCUGAAUGUUAAUGUGAGCGGCGUGUCGAUGUGUAAUUCUUGUAUAUCGACGUGGUCCCUCUGGCUCUUGGCGAUAUCGUGUGCUUAGUUUUAACCUUUUGUGCUUAGUACCCCAUCGAAUGAUUCAGUGCUUCCGGCGGUCGGAUGAAAGCAGUUUGAAUUUUUCGAGAAUAUGUACUCGAAUUGUAUUGCUUCACGUCUUGAUUAGAUUUCUUGUUUGACUUAUCCUGCACGUACGUGUAUUACGAUAUGGACGGUAUUCGCUGUUGAUGUCGGCUUGAACUUCGGUGUUUGGCGGGAAGAAGAGGACGAGGAAAAUCUUAGUGAGUUGUGUUGUUCGAAAUUUUUACCUUCAGAAUGACCGCCUUACGUUUGGAUGUUGCCUUGCAUUUAUCGACAGGUCUGAACGUGUUACGUAUGCAAACCGUGAGUUAAAGUUAAUCGAGGUUUUUGCAUAGAAGUCGAUUGGAAGUAUGAGUGCUAUGUGUACUCCGGUGUCUGGUUUCUUGUAAGGAAUUUUAGGGUUGGAUUGGAUGUCUUGGGCGGCGGAUUGCUGAAUUGACUUUUUCUCAGAUCUGUGGUAGGAACUGACCUCCGGCACAGUUCAGGGCGAUGGUAGAGUGGGGAUGUGUGUUGUCUUCCGAUAACUGUAAUUGGAACUCGCUUUUGUGGAGUCUGAGGAUGUCCUUGAUGCCGCGUGGAUUGUCGGCAAAUGAUAUGGUCACGGGAUCGUUUGGACAGGAUCGUAACUGGGUUUGGGCCGUCGAUAAUCUCCUCCCGGUAGAAAGAACUCGGUAUCGUCUCUGCAGCUGCUGGAUCUAUGACACCACCUCGCAAAUGGACAGUCGAUCCACUAGGUCGGACAGGAUUAUAACUGGGUUGGAGGUCUCGAUGUUCUCUCAGUUGAAAGGACUCGGUAUUGUCUCGGGUUUACUGAUUAUAUCACAUCACCACGUAAAUGGACUAUCAAUCCACUUGCUUUGCCGUCUUGGUUUUCAGAAUGCGAACCCUAAAUC